AUGAGCGAUACAGCGCGCGCGGGGCGGCAACGUCGCACAUCGUUUGCCAUAGCGCAGUAUAGCGCGCGCCUCGUGUGGGGAGGACGCGUUGACCGGCUGACUAUAAUGAAUGCAAGGCAAUAUCGGGAAAAGUUGAUCGACGAAGUGAAGAAAUACCCCGUCUUGUAUGACACGAACCACGAGAACCACCGCGAUGUGGACGUCAGAGAUCGCUGCUGGCAGGAGAUAUCUGACCGACUCGGUGCUAAUUGUGAAGUUCUUAAACGCGAGUGGAAAAUCCUCCGAGACUCACUGCGUCAGUCGCUAAAGAAGAGCGACAAAGGCGUUACCACUAAGGCAGGGCUUCCUUGCAAAAAGUGGCGUUACCAGAACCGCAUGUCCUUCGUGUUGCCGUAUAUGACUUUUAGACCGGAUGUUUACAGGAACCGACUUUCAAUGAAAAGUGAUAUAAAACUAGACACAAGCGAGGCACAAUCUGACCAAGAUCAGGAAUCAGAGGUGUGGGACCCGGGCAACAGCGACCAAGAUUCUUUAGACUUAUUCUUCGCCAGUGUAUGCCAAAGCACAAAAAGGUUGCCCAAAAAAUACCAAAAUCAAAUUAAGAAGCAAGUCCUAGACGUACUUUUAAGGGUAGAGGAGCAAGUUGAGACGGAAGUGGGUGAAUCCAAAAUGGAGGUUUAUAAGAACUCA